AUGUCGAUCCCUGCACAGGAAGCACGCCAAGCCCCUCCCUGGGGGCACCGCCGCUCUGACGGACCCGCGUCCAGUAUGGGUACCCCCGACCGAUCGCAGCCGGCGCUUCUCGUGGGCCCCUCGUCGGAUCCAGGUCGGAGGACCUCCCACGACAGCGCGGGCAGCAGCGGGCGCAGGGAGGCUGGCAGGACUCCGAAUGGGGCCCUGAGGGGACAGGGGACGCCCUUCGGCUCCCUGGCAAAAAACCCCAAGCGCACGACCCUCACGAGGGAGCAGCUGCUCAAGAUGGUGACGGACUGCUACCAGCUGUCGAAGCACAACAAGCUGGACAAGAGGAACAUGUGGAACCUAACGCUGAUUGACUGUAUGCCGCAACUCGUGAGGGACCAAUGCGAGGAGGACGGGACGUUUAACUUCGCGACAGUCACCUGCGGCCUUGACGCGAGCGUCGAGAUCUAUGCGAAGCGGGUGGACUGCACACACAGCAUGGCCAUGGACACGCUAACCAUGUCCAAGAAUCGGGGGCAAUCCACAGUGCAGCGUGGUGAUGAGGAGACAGGAGGGGAGGGGGAUACACAGGCUCCCCGCCGUGGUCGUGCAAAGCCAGUGGAUGCCACAUCGACUCUGCUGCCAGAGGAAACAGGAGGCGAACGAGAAAUCACUACAGAGGUGCCAAGAGAUCCACUCUUUCGCGUCACUGCUGCCAAAUUUGAUGCUGCAGGACAAGAAGGUUUGUUCCUUGUACAAAUGGGGCCCACAAACGGGGUAGAGGACAGUAUGCACCUACCAGUAGCCUCAAGGAUUCCGGUAUAUCCAGUGCCUACUAACUGUCACUGGGGCACGCAUGAAGAGGAAGGCUGGUCAACCCAGCGCCCUCAGACAUGUGCUGGAGUGAAGCCAACGUGCAGCCGCUUCUGUGAACUUCUUGAGGUUCCAGCGAUUGACCAUGGCUAUAUAUUUCAGGUGGUGGAGGAGGCAGGUGAUACAACGGUCUGCAACGGCUCUGAUCACAGAAUGCCUCUGCUGCAAACCCCUCUCACUUCCGUAUCUCUACAUGGGUGGGGAAAGGAAAGCCAUUCAGUAAACUUGGGGACUUCAGUGCUCGAGGGGGGCAGCGAUCACGAUGGGGAUUUCGAAGUCAUGGUUCAUGGGGAUGGAGUGGAUGCAGGAGAGGUGGACAGGGGCGACGUGGCUGGCUUCCAUCUGCCUUGGCAUGGAACGCCGCUGUCGCCACAGCCAGUAGAGGAAAUUCUGGAUAAGAACGGCCUCAUGUGGGUACUGGAGGCACGGUUUGGCAGGUUACCGCCAACCAGGAAAAUUGCUUCCCAUUGGAAGUUUCCACAGCAGCAAUGUGGGGAGGCCUCCAAGCAAAAGAAGAGGCAGCCAAGGCGGCGCAAGGACAAACCUGACUAUACCUGUCUUCCUGAGAUUGACUGCAGUUCACUAGCACCAGCUAAGAGGUUCAAUCGCAUUGACCUUCUAACGAGACGCCCUGCUCACAAACUGAUUCAGGAAGAUCCGUAUUAUGAGGUGAUGUUGUUGUUCAACGAGAUUUAUGAUGUUCCCACUCUUACAGGAUGCCCAACUGUGGAAUUGAAGAACACAUGGUGUGGUGAAGCAACUAUUAUGUGGAAAGGACUGCCAUCCUGGCCUGUACAUGAUCAUUAUGCACAUAAGCAAAGGCUCAAGAGGAUGAACACAGCAACAGGAAGCUUUAAUUGGAUCUUGCCUGUCCCAUGA